GAAUAACUUAUUAACUGUUCCACAGCUAUAUAAGAAUAUCAAAAAAGAAAAAAUUGAUGGUUUUUUGCAGCUUACUCAACAUCAAGAUGAACAUUCAUUAGCUUUUGCUACGCCUUUAUUAUAUAUACUACCUGAUCAUGUUACAAAAACAAUUGUUCCAAAGCAUCCACAUGGCAAAACAAAUGCAAUAGCAAAAUGGUUGCUUUAUUUAAAAGAAAAUGAAAUGUAUAACAUUGAAAUAUUUUUAACUAACAAAGAUCGUAGACAGAUUACUGCUAUUAACCAAAUUUGGACUAAUGCAAAG